AAGGGGGAAAAAAAAUCCCUCCCAUCUCCUUCCAUUCCUCUCUACCCCUCCUUCCCCGGUUUUCCCGGCCCUCGGAGCCCUGGCCCCUGGCAGCAUGCUGGGCCCGGCCCGCUUCCCUCCCCUCCUCCUCCUCCUCCUCCUCCUCCUCCUCUUCCUCCUCCUCCUCCUCCUCCCCCCACUCCCGGCUCAGGCGCUGGACUUGGCCGAUCACACCUAUGACCCGGGAGAGGAGGAAGAAGGCCCGGAGCCCCUCAACUACAAAGACCCCUGCAAAGCCGCUGCCUUUCUAGGGGACAUCGCUCUGGACGAAGAGGACUUGAAGGCCUUCCGGGUGGAGAGAGUUCUGGAUUUCACCAGGCGCCCUGUCCGGAGGUUGCCCAGCAAAGCUUCAGGAAACAGCUCCGACCCCGGCAGCCCCCACACAGGUGGGCAACAGCUGAGGAGAUCUCGGGGGAGACCAGGCAGCCGGUCCCGCAGCCGCCGAGCAGCCACGUCCAGAGCAGAGAGGGUCUGGGUGGAUGGCGUCAUCCCCUUUGUCAUCAGUGGGAACUUCACUGGCACCCAGCGGGCGGUCUUCCGGCAGGCCAUGCGGCACUGGGAGAAGUACACCUGUGUCACCUUCUUGGAGCGCACCGACGAAGACAGCUACAUAGUCUUCACCUACCGGCCCUGCGGGUGCUGCUCCUACGUGGGUCGCCGAGGCGGGGGCCCCCAAGCCAUCUCUAUCGGGAAGAACUGUGACAAGUUUGGCAUCGUGGUGCACGAGCUGGGCCACGUCAUCGGCUUCUGGCACGAGCACACCCGGCCCGACCGGGACGGCCACGUUUCCAUCGUGCGCGAGAACAUCCAGCCAGGGCAGGAGUAUAACUUUCUGAAGAUGGAAGACGAAGAGGUGGAAUCCUUGGGGGAGAACUACGACUUUGACAGCAUCAUGCAUUACGCCCGCAACACCUUCUCCAGGGGCAUCUUCCUAGACACCAUCGUUCCCAGAUACGAUGUGAACGGGGCCCGGCCUUCCAUUGGCCAGAGGACCCGGCUCAGCGAGGGAGACAUUGCCCAGGCCCGCAAGCUGUACAAGUGCCCAGCCUGCGGAGAGACCCUCCAGGAAAGCACUGGCAAUUUCUCCUCCCCGGAGUUCCCCAAUGGGUACUCUGCCCAUAUGCACUGUAUCUGGCGCAUCUCCGUCACACCUGGAGAGAAGAUUAUUCUCAAUUUUACAUCCUUGGACCUGUACCGCAGCCGGCUGUGCUGGUAUGAUUACGUAGAGGUUAGAGACGGUUUCUGGAGGAAAGCCCCACUUCGAGGACGGUACUGUGGAAACAAGCUCCCUGAACCCAUCAUCUCCACCGACAGCCGUCUCUGGGUCGAAUUCCGCAGCAGUAGCAACUGGGUGGGGAAGGGCUUCUUUGCUGUCUAUGAAGCUAUCUGUGGAGGAGAUGUGAAGAAAGACAAUGGCCACAUCCAGUCGCCCAACUACCCCGACGACUACCGGCCCAGUAAGAUCUGUAUCUGGAAGAUCCAAGUGUCAGAGGGCUUUCAUGUUGGCCUCACCUUCCAGUCCUUCGAGAUUGAGCGCCACGACAGCUGCGCCUAUGACUACCUGGAGGUCCGGGACGGGAGCACCGAGAGCAGCACCCUCAUCGGCCGCUACUGUGGCUACGAGAAGCCGGAAGACAUCAAGAGCACCUCCAACCGCCUGUGGCUCAAGUUUGUCUCCGAUGGCUCCAUCAACAAAGCCGGCUUUGCCGUCAACUUUUUCAAAGAGGUGGAUGAGUGCUCCCGACCCAACCGCGGAGGCUGCGAGCAGCGCUGCCUCAACACUCUGGGCAGCUACAAGUGCAGCUGUGACCCCGGCUACGAGCUGGCCCCAGACAAGCGCCGCUGCGAGGCUGCCUGCGGCGGAUUCCUGACCAAGCUGAACGGCUCCAUCACCAGCCCGGGCUGGCCCAAGGAAUACCCUCCCAACAAGAACUGCAUCUGGCAGCUGGUGGCGCCCACCCAGUACCGCAUAUCCCUGCAGUUCGACUUCUUCGAGACCGAAGGCAACGACGUGUGCAAGUACGACUUCGUGGAGGUGCGCAGCGGGCUGACGUCCGAAUCCAAGCUGCACGGGAAGUUCUGCGGGGCCGAGAAGCCGGAGGUGAUCACCUCCCAGUACAACAACAUGCGGGUGGAAUUCAAGUCCGACAACACCGUCUCCAAGAAAGGCUUCAAGGCCCAUUUCUUCUCAGACAAGGACGAGUGUUCCAAGGAUAACGGCGGCUGUCAGCAAGACUGUGUCAACACCUACGGGAGUUACGAGUGCCAGUGUCGGAAUGGCUUCGUCCUUCAUGACAACAAGCACGACUGCAAGGAAGCUGGAUGUGAUCACAAGGUGACGUCCACCAGCGGCACCAUCACCAGCCCCAAUUGGCCUGACAAGUAUCCCAGCAAGAAGGAGUGCACCUGGUCCAUUUCCAGCACGGCUGGGCAUCGGGUCAAGCUGACCUUCUCCGAGCUGGACAUUGAGUCGCAGCCGGAGUGCACGUACGACCACCUGGAGGUGUAUGACGGGCGGGACGCCAAGGCCCCCGUGCUCGGCCGCUUCUGUGGCAGCAAGAAGCCGGAGGCCCUGCUGGCCACGGGGAGCCGCAUGUUCCUGCGCUUCUUCUCUGACAACUCGGUGCAGAAGAAGGGCUUCCAGGCCACCCACUCCACAGAGUGCGGGGGCCAGGUGCGGGCUGAGGUGAAGACCAAAGACCUGUACUCCCACGCCCAGUUUGGAGACAACAACUACCCCGGGGGGGCGGACUGUGAGUGGGUCAUUGUGGCGGAGGAGGGCUACGGCGUGGAGCUCGUGUUCCAGACCUUUGAGGUGGAGGAGGAGACGGACUGCGGCUACGACUACAUGGAGCUGUUCGACGGCUACGACAGCACGGCGCCCCGGCUCGGCCGUUACUGUGGCUCUGGGCCCCCCGAGGAAGUCUACUCAGCCGGUGACUCGGUCUUGGUGAAAUUCCACUCCGAUGACACUAUCAACAAAAAAGGGUUUCAUCUGCGCUACACCAGCACCAAAUUCCAGGACAUGCUGCACAGCAGGAAGUGACCUGCCCCACGACCCGGGCCCCGGGGGACCUGCUCCCCUCGUUCGCCGGACGACCCCCCCCCCCAGCACCCACACAGACUCGAGGGGGGGAAAGAAGAGCCCCUCGUCCACCCGGGCCUCCUGGCCUCCGGAGCGGGCAGCUCUGAUCCCUCCCAGUUACCCGGAACAGGAGGGAACCGGACUCGUUCAUCCCCACUGCCCCGUGUUAUCCUCCUCUCCUGUCCCGUCCCCUCCUCCCAGCCACCCCAGGAGACGCGGGCAGACGGACUUCCUUGAAACACUUGAAGCCUCGCUGUUCUCCAGGCGGUGGGAGAACAGGUUGUGUAUCUGCUCCUCCUGCCGCCCUCUCCCUCCACCUUGUAUUCUGUAUAGUCAACGGCAUAAUCCUCAUUGUAAUGCACCAGAAGCCCCCUCCACACCCCCAACUCACCCACCCGGGAUUUGGUUUCCAGUGUUCCCUCCUGAGGGCUGUGGGCGGAGUGUCGUCCCCUAGUGGGAGAAGCAGAAGGGGGGGCCGGGAGGGGGCCAAAUAUGUGGA